CCCACCACCCUCCCCUCCUCUCAUUUUCUCUUUCCUUUUUUCUUCUGUGGUUAAAUAUUAUUUGUCAUCACAGCUUGGAGCUUACCACAUAUAUGUUCACAGGCUUCCGCUUCAUUUAUUCAGCUGUUGGUGCAAACAAUAUAGACUUCCUGCAAUAUUGUUUGCUUUAGUUAAGGUGACAAUUUAUAAUGUCGGUCACAUAUACAGUGAAGGUUGAAGAUUCAAGGCCGGAAUCUGGGAAAAAGCCGUCCGCGGGGCCGGUUUAUAGGUGCAUCUAUGCUAAGGAUGGUCUCUUGGAUUUGCCAGACGGAAUGCAUUCUCCAUGGGAGUUCUUUAGCGAGUCGGUUAAACGGAAUCCAAAUAAUCGAAUGCUGGGACGAAGACAAACCACAGAUUCUAAGCAAGCUGGUCCUUAUGUAUGGAUCACAUAUCAGGAGGCUUAUGAUGCCGCUCUCAGAAUUGGUUCUGCCAUGAGGAACCAGGGUGUCAGUCCUGGGGACCGAUGUGGUAUAUACGGGUCUAAUUGUCCGGAAUGGAUCAUUACUAUGGAGGCUUGUAACUGUCAAGCUGUUACAUAUGUACCUCUAUAUGAUACUCUUGGUGCUAAUGCAGUGGAGUUCAUCGUUAACCAUGCCGAAGUUGCUAUAGCCUUUGUCCAAGAGAACAAACUCCCUGCUAUCCUAUCAUGCCUUCCGGCAUGUUGUUCUUACUUAAAAACCAUUGUUAGCUUUGCAAAUGUUUCUAGCAUACAGAAGAAGGAAGCUGAAGAGCUUGGUGUAUCUCUGUUUUCAUGGAAGGAGUUCUCUGAGCUGGGUUCUUUGGAUUGUGAGCUUCCACAAAAACAGAAGACUGAUAUAUGCACAAUAAUGUAUACAAGUGGAACAACAGGAGAACCAAAAGGGGUCAUUCUCACAAACAAGGCAAUCAUGACAGAAGUUUUGUCUAUAGAUCAACUUAUAGAAAUUACAGACAAAGCGUGUUCGGAAGAGGAUACAUAUUUCUCUUUCCUCCCUCUGGCUCAUGUCUACGAUCAGAUAAUGGAGACUUAUUUCAUCAAAAGAGGUUCCUCAAUAGGAUUUUGGCAAGGGGAUGUCCGUUAUUUAAUGGACGAUGUCCAGGAACUAAAACCAACCGCAUUUUGUGCGGUUCCAAGAGUUUAUGACCGUAUAUACACUGGUAUUGUCAACAAAAUUGCAUCUGGUGGUCUAAUUCGGAAUAAAUUGUUCCAGUAUGCCUAUAACUACAAAUUAAGAAAUAUGGAGAAUGGAUUCCCACAGGACAAAGCAUCCCCUCUCUUAGACAAACUCGUCUUCGACAAGGUAAGACAAGCAUUGGGAGGCAAAGUUCGUUUAAUGCUAUCUGGUGCAGCACCUUUGCCUAGGCAUGUGGAGGAGUUUCUGCGGGUCUCCUGCUGCUCUAAUUUAUCACAAGGAUAUGGUUUGACUGAGAGCUGUGGUGGAUGUUUUACUUCACUUGCCAAUGUAAUGUCAAUGAUUGGAACUGUAGGAGUUCCAAUCACAACCAUUGAAGCAAGGCUUGAGUCAGUGCCAGAGAUGGGAUAUGAUGCACUUUCCAGUGUACCACGUGGAGAAAUAUGCUUGAGGGGAAACACCUUGUUCUCAGGUUACUACAAGAGACAAGAUCUAACUGAUGAAGUUGUUAUCGAUGGCUGGUUUCAUACAGGUGACAUCGGAGAACUGCAAUCCGAUGGAUCGAUGAAAAUCAUCGAUAGGAAAAAGAAUAUAUUCAAGCUUUCUCAAGGUGAAUAUGUUGCAGUUGAGAACAUUGAGAAUACAUACUCACGUUGCCCUCUUAUAGCAUCGAUUUGGGUUUAUGGGAACAGUUUUGAGUCAUUUCUGGUGGCAGUGGUAGUCCCAGAAAGGAAGGCAUUAGAGGAUUGGGGUAUAGAAAAUGGUGAAGCUACUGAUUUCAAGUCAUUAUGUGAAAACCCCAAGGCAAGGAAGUACAUUUUAAACGAGCUAAAUAGCACUGGUCAGAAACAUCAUCUCAGAGGCUUUGAACUGCUAAAAGCAGUGUAUUUGGAACCAAACCCGUUUGACAUGGAGAGGGAUUUGGUAACCCCAACUUUCAAACUUAAGAGGCCCCAACUGCUUAAAUACUACAAGGAUCGAAUUGACGAGCUGUACAGUGAAGGCAAGGGAGCAAAGGUAUAAUAGGGUCACUUGGUCUGAGAGAAAUUCAGCUCUUCUUCACUCAAGUGAUUGCAGAAACUUGUUCCUAUUAGUUUGAAGAUCAUAAUGAAAGAAAAGCAAGUAAUAUUACUUAAAAACACGGAUUUAUGUGGUCAGCAAUGAAUAUACUUAUUUAUUUUGAUUA